GAGAGAGGAACAUGGGUGGACGGAAAGUCCCUGUGUGGAAAUCCCCUUGACUCGGGUUGUUUCCUUACACAAAAAACUAUCCGUCGCAGACAUGUGUGCUCUUUUGAAAGGUUUCGCGACCUGCGAGCGCUCCAGCAGCAUUGAGGUGGUGUUGGAGAAGGAAAGAGACGGUUUGAAUGGCGCCGUGGACCGCAGCGGUGAGGCUGAGUGAAGUGGCUGAGCAGAGAGAGGACUAGCCUGAGCAUCCGGGAGGGCUUUGUUAUCAUCACCACCCCGACAUAUUACACAGUUUCCAGGUUGUUUGGUCUUCGGUGGUUGGUGCCUCCUCCUCCUCCUCUACUCCUCCCUGUUGCUCUUCGUCCCUUCCCUCCAUCCGCCCGACCAGUCGUUCGCCAUGUCGCAGGGUCAGAACUUCCUCCCCAAAUUCCUGUUUGUCUCCAACCUGCUGAAGGCGGUAAAGAUCCGUCAGCGAGUGCCCAACGACGUGGUGAAGCCGGCAGCGGCUGGCGGCCUGAUGCACCACCUGCGGAGUAUGCACAGGUACACUCUGGAGAUGAUCGCCAUGAACCACUUCCCGCAGGCCUUCAGGGAGGUGGUGCAGGCUGCUAUCCUGGACCGAGCCAUGCAGGCCUCAUUGGAGCAGGAGAAGAAGCUCAACUGGUGUCGGGAGGUGAAGAAGAUGGUGCCCUUACGUACCAAUGGAGAUGGGAACUGUUUGCUCCAUGCGGCCUCUCAGUACAUGCUGGGCGUUCAGGACACAGACCUGGUGCUUCGGAAAGCCCUCCAUAGUGUGUUGAAAGAGACGGACACUGGUGUUUUCAGAGCUCGUUUUCAGGCAGAGCUGCUCCAGUCCCAGGAGUUCACCCAGACCGGACUCCGAUACACCACCAUGAACUGGGAGGAGGAGUGGGAAAAGAUUGUAAAGAUGGCAUCUCCGGUCUCCAGUAGCAAUGGCCUCCAGUUUGACUCUCUGGAGGACAUUCACAUCUUCGUCCUCUCAAACAUUCUACGCAGACCCAUCAUUGUCAUCGCAGACCAGGUGGUCAGGAGUAUGAAAUCUGGCUCCUCCAUCUCUCCACUGAAUGUGGGUGGGAUUUAUUUGCCGCUACACUGGCCUCCCACAGAGUGCUACAAAUACCCAAUAGUGCUCGGCUAUGACUCCCAGCACUUUGCACCCCUCAUCACCAUCAAAGACAGUGGUCCAGAGAUCCGAGCAGUGCCGCUGAUCAACCCAGGGCGGGGGGACUUUGAGGAGCUGAAGGUCCACUUCCUGAUGGAGAAAGAACAGCAGCAGAAAGAGAAGUUUCUGAAAGACUACCUAUUACUGAUAGAGAUCCCCGUCAUUGGCUUGGGUUACGAUGUCCUAAGGAUAAUCAACGCUGCAAGGCUGGAUGAAGGCAAUCUCCCUGAAGACAUGAACCUGAUGGAGGACUACCUGCAGCUUGUCAACCAUGAGUACCAGCGCUGGCAGGAGGACAAGGAGCAGGCAUGGGCUGCCCAGCCACAGCGCCCGCCACCCUUCUCCGUCUCCCAGCUUUCCCUCAUCGAAAUUCGCUGUGCCACACCAAGAUGCACCUUCUAUGUCUCUGUGGACACGCAGCCUCAUUGUCACGAGUGCUUUGAGAAGCGACAGGCCACCACUGGUGGAGGAACGAGGAUAGAAGGGGUGGUACAAGCCAAAGGGACAGGGGUACAAGGUGGGGUGGGUGUGAUCAGAGGAUCAGAGACUGAAGUGAACUCUAGAGGCACCCGAAGCAGCAGCCCCCCAUCCUCUUCAUCUGGGAGAGGGGUUGUCAUAUCCAGCCCCCGUUCUGCACCCCCCACAGCUCCCAGCCUCAGCUUGUAUAGUGAAACCCAUGCCAUGAAGUGCAAGACACCUGGCUGCCUCUUCACUCUUAGCGUAGAGCAUGAUGGACUUUGUGAGCGAUGCUUCAACUCCAGGCAGAACCAUGGACUACCAGGAGCUGGAACAGCUGCUACAGGACUCCCAGGCCCCAAUGGGGGCCCCAUAGUCCCUCACGCUGCCCAGGGCUCUGGCUGGACCCAGUGGGGGGGCUGCGAGACAGAAACAGAACGCUGCAGUAUGUGUAGACAGGAGGCAUUCAGGAUAUUCAAUGGUCUGUGUCCACCCUGCAUGCAGAGACAGCAGGCUCCAGAGAGGGGGGAGCCACAGCAGAGCAACCCCAGAACUGAGGCCUCGUCUUCAGCUUGGAGCCAGGCUAGGGAUGCUGAGCGACCAUGCCUCACCCUAACCCCAGGGCACACCUCAGCCUGGCAGGCCCCUCUGGCCCGGCCGUGUAAAAGAUCUGGUUGCCAGUUCUUUGGGACGCCAGAGAAGUUGGGUUUCUGCACUAUUUGCUACGUUGACUAUCAGACCAACCACCACAUGACGCCUCCAGCUGCUCCGGUGCAGAGCCGGCAUGGUUUGGAGGCAGGCUUCCAGAAUGCCUCUCGGUGUCGCGGGCCAGGGUGUGGUGCAGUUGGCAAGGCAAUGCUGGAGGGUUACUGUGACAAGUGCUACGUUAAAGAGCAGAGUACACGGCUCAACCAAGUGGCACAUCGCACACCACUCCCUCCUCCAGUCGUGCGCGACCGAGCAGUCAAACCCAGAUCUUCACAGCAAUCACAGACGCAGACUCAGUGCCGGAGGAGUGGUUGCAGUAACGUUUCCCCGGGUUGCACGGACCUUUGCCCAGAGUGCCACACUCGGGGCCAGGGCAGAGAGGUGGGCAGGCGGGCGCAGGCGCCCAAGGAGAAGUCCAAGCAGCGGUGUCGGACGCAGGGCUGCGACCACUACGCCAAUCAAGAGAAACAGGGCUACUGCAACGAGUGUGAUCACUUCAAACAGAUUUAUCGCGGCUGACCACAUACGCACCCAUGCGCGCAAUGGCGGUGACGACACAUCUCUAGCACGCCAGAGCCGCUGCCCUGUUGUGGGCACCCCAUGCCAGUCAAUGCACCUCUGAUACUAACUAACAACUAACUAACUAGCUAGUGACUAACUAGUAACCUUAUGGCCUGAAAAUCAAACCCCCCCAUGUAGAAUGUGAAGAGAGAAUGUGUGAACGUGGGGGGGGGGGGGGGGGGGGGGGGUUUGUGUGUGUGUGUGUGUGUGCGCACACGUGUGUGUCUGUGUGUGUGUGUGUGUGUGUGUGUGUCCAGCGUCCGCAGUAGACAUGGCCUCCAGAAUACCUCUUUGUGCAAUUAUUAUCAUCUGAUGUGCUCAGUGCACUUACACGGUGAGAGGUUUGGCUACAUGUCAAAGCAACUGACUUAACUCUUGUGUACAAUAUGUAUUUAGAGGUACGUAGUGAAUCGUGCCGGACAAAAUGAUUGUAUGUUGACAUAACAAGAAGCAUCUGACAUUGCUUUCUAGACCACAGCCAAGGAUUUAUACCCCCGUCUGUCUGUCUUAACCUAUCUGUGUACCUGUCUGCCUGUCUGUCUACCAUUUGUUCUGUAGAAUGAGGGAUGCAGUAGUCGCGGAAGCCCCGCAACUUAUCUGUGGAAGCAGUAAGGAGAAGUGAGCCAAAACUGGACCAAAGCAAAGCAAGUGAAGUGCUAGUCAAUUACACGCCAUUGUUUAGCUUAGUUCUUCAAAAUUAUUGAUUAAUGUCCUUCCACAGUAGACAAAGAUUUGCCUAAAAAAAAAGGCUCUUGCAAUCAAUAUUGUAAAAUUUUAAAGAAUUAAUUUUCUUCCAUUAGUCAGUCAAUAGCAGUGUUGGUUUAUAUUUUUGAGUUGAAUUAAACUUAGUAUUGUUACUUAUCUGUAAAAUGAAGUUAUCAUUGUGAAUUGUUUGAUAUGUAAAGUGAGAACAGAUUUUGUGUCUAACAGUGCAAGACAGACAGGGCAGGCCCCUGCUAGUUUUGGUGCUACAUGUUCAGAAAUACAAGCCUCUCCAUUGUAGCCAACAUGCUGGCAGUGUCAGCGGACAGAAGGCAGAGAACACAGUAGAGACAGGACUCAUUCUCUCUUUCUAUCCCUGCUUUCCUUCCUCUUGGUCCCCCCCCCCCACCCCCCCCCCGCGUCCAAAACAGAUCUGUUGCCUUGGUUUUCCUGUUUACCGACCACUUAAGCACCUAGAAGCAAAUACAUGCACACACAUCGACACAACACAUCAUACAGAAAUGUCGUAGUUCCGGUCCUAUCAAAACAGGGGAUCGCUAACGAAUGGAGAAGUUAAUGACGAGUGAAGUCUAGACUAUUAUCCGCCACAUAACACACGUUUGCACACAAUCCUGCACAUGAAAACACUGCUCUGAGAGAUUGUACAUGCCCCUCCCCUGCCUGAGGUGAUGUGUAGGAAAACAAACCCACAAGAGAAUGCAUCCCUCGCUGCUCCACCCUACUGGAUGUGCCAAGGUGACGCGUUCAAAACUUCAGAGAGCACUCCCGUCACCUGCUUUGGCUAAACCUUGUUUAUCUGAAUGUGUUAUGUGCUGCUGUUGCUACGACAGCACAGUAUUGGGGCUGAUCCUUUUUUUAUAAGUUUUGCCUUUAAUUAGUGAUUAAAAGUUUAUGGACCACAGGGGCCUGAUCGCUGAUCAAUGAUCGUGGAUCUGAGCUCCCACCUAUUCAAUGCUUUUGUGAAUAUGGAUCUAGGUCCAUAUUGUUGGACCUUCUAACCUGAUGCCUCAUCUUCAACAUACACACACACACACACACACACACACACAUACACAAUUAGCGCAUGUGUGCGUCUGGAAUACGCAAAACUGACAUUCCUGUUUUGUUUUUUUGUUUUUGUUUUUUUUUAAAUGAAUUUUUAUUAAUUGUAAUUUUCUAUAUUUGGUUUUGUUUCUGCCAAAAAAAAAGUACACGUGCCAUCAGUCGCCAAACAGUUGUUGUUACCUCCUUAAAAGUGGCCGGCCUGGAAUUUUCUGAACUAUUGAGAGUGCUACAGAUCGACAUCUCAGGUUUUGAGUAACAACCGAAAAAUCCCCGACCGGGCACCAUCUACUUCGCCCAAGUACGAAGAAAUAAUAUUUGCCUACAGACUAAUCUGUAACAUUGAUCAUAGUAACUCUAUUGUGAUAUGAAGUCGAACAGUUAUUCCCCUCAGUAUCCAGAUGUCCAUCUGUAGCUCUUGUCAGAAAAUCACAGACAAACAGGCUCUCGGUCUGCCUUUUCAUUCAACUGUAUCUAAAGCUGUCAGGCCUUGCCACGUGUUGAUGGCCUGUACGUAGAUCUCUGUGUGCUUUAAUCACCUCUAGACAAACCUUAAUCAAUUCAAGGCCAAUUAGUGGUCAGCUCAUCAUUACCCCUUAAUAAAGUUUUCGGGGCUCUGGUGGAGUUUGACUGGGAGAGGAUCUCGUAUGUUGCACAUGACUUGUCUAAGCUGCUGAGGCAUUUAGGAAUGGUACUCCGACUUAGGGACAUUCCAGCAGUAGGAAAAGCAUCGACUUAAGAGCAGAAAAGUGUAACAAAACAUGCAAACGAACGGUGUGGAAGUUUCUUUGUGUGACCUUUCAACAAUAGGGUAUUGUAUGAAAAAAGCCUGGUUUUAUUUGUUAAGUAUUUAUUCAUAUCAAGAUAUCUGUAUUGUGGGAUUCAAUAAUUAUUUAUAUGUCGUCCUGAAAUGAAUUAUUUUUAUUAAGAAAUCUGAAAUCUG